GAUUCUUCAGAAGAAGUAUUAACAAGAAUGCUGUUUAUCAGUGUAAAUAUGGAAAUAACUGCGAGAUUGACAUGUACAUGAGAAGGAAGUGUCAAGAGUGUCGAAUGAAGAAAUGUCUCGGUGUUGGAAUGAGGCCAGAAUGUGUAGUUCCAGAGUACCAGUGUGCUAUAAAGAGGGAAUCUAAAAAAGGUUGCAGAGAAAAAGACAAGCCAAACAGCACGACAAAGGAAGGAAGUUGCUUUGUCAAAGAGGAGAAAAUUGAAAAUUUAGGGGUAAAGCCUUUAGAUUCUUCUCAAGAAGAGGUUAUUAACAAACUAGUCAUAUUCCAAGAAGAAUUUGAAUCUCCAUCAGAAGAAGAUUUAAAAAAGAUUUCUACCUUCCCAACUGGUGAUAGUGAAGAAGACAGUUUGCGGCGGUUUCAACAUAUAACAGAAAUCACCAUUCUCACCGUGCAGCUAAUUGUAGAAUUUUCUAAACGUGUUGCUGGGUUCAACACCUUGCUACAAGAAGAUCAAAUCACACUCUUGAAGGCCUGUUCCAGUGAAGUAAUGAUGCUCAGGACAGCUAGAAAAUAUGACAGCCAAACAGAUUCUAUUGUCUUUGCCAACAACCAGCCUUACACCAGAGAAAAUUAUCGUAGUGCCAGUGUUGGAGAUUCUGCUGAUGCCCUAUUUAAUUUCUGUCGUCACAUGUGUAUGAUGAAGGUGGAUAAUGCAGAAUAUGCUUUACUUACUGCUAUCGUCAUCUUCUCGGAAAGACCAAGCCUUGUAGAACCCAAAAAAGUUGAGAAGAUUCAAGAAUUUUAUUUGGAUACACUGCAGGCUUAUGUUGAAAACCACCGACCCCCAGGAAGAAAUUAUUUUGCCAAACUGUUGGCAGUACUGACUGAACUCAGAACUCUGGGAAACAUGAACUCUGAAAUGUGUUUCUCACUUAAGGUUCAAAACAAAAAACUACCACCCUUUCUGGCUGAAAUCUGGGAUGUUUUGGAGUGACUAAAAGUCGUGUUUUGUAAAAAAACAUCUUAAGCUUGGAUUAGUAUUUUUGGUUUUUGAAGACAGAAUUUCUAGGACAUAACUUUAAAUGACCAAUGAUCAUUAUUAUUGAAAUAUUAGCAAAUGAUGAAUUAUUAUCUUUUUCUUUUUACAUGAAAUGUUAGUCACUCUUCAAGAGCUUUACUGUGUUGAGUAAGAAAUCUCUGAUCAGUACAUUUUCUGAAUCUUUGGUCAUCUGUUGGUAGUAAUUUAUCCUUGUUAGUUUUGGCUCAUUGUUCAGUUUUUCUCUGGGCUCUUCUACAGUCUGUGAGGAGCCAUUGAAUUUUGUGUAUCAAACUGAUACAUUUGGGUCAUGAACAUUGUGUAUUUUUCUCAUAAAAUUGUGAAUGCUCUCAAAUAACAUAAAAAUAUAAUUUUUUAAUUCAUUGGAAAGAAAUGAAUAACAAGAGAACAACAAAACUACUUGUUGGUUCUCUACUUGGUGUAAACAGUUUUCACCAAGUUUUAAUCUUUUGGUGUAUUUACAUAAAGAAGAAGGAUAUUAUAGGAAGAAAAUAUAUUUUGAAAAUGAGAAAAGACAAAAGUGAAAGACACUUUUCAUUCCAUCCACAGGCCUUGAAUGAUUAAUGUCUAAUUUUUUAAGAUAAAUUUAUCUAAAAGGUUGUGAUUAAGCUAAACUGUUUACUUUGAACUCUGGAAUGUAACGAAAACGCACAAGAGAAUUUCAGCAGACACAUUGUAUUUUACAAAGUGAUGGUAUGUAAUAUUAGAAGACGUACAAGGCACAUUCAUCCAGCUUGAAGCCAGUUUGAUACAGGUGAAUUUGUAUAAUAUUUUGUGAAGACUAGUAGUGAAGUGUUCAUGUAUUUUAGACUUCAUUUGGUGGUAAAAUUUUAUCAAAAUAUAACUUUUUUCUUUGUAUAUGAUACACACACACACAUCAGAAUCUGGCCACUGGAGAAAUUAAAGGUUAGGUGAAAGAACUCUUACAUACAUGGCUGGAUCAUUGUUUUUGUCUUGUCAUCCACACAUAUAUAUAUAUAUGUCGUUCAGUAAUUUUUAGUGAUAUUUGUAUCUAUUGUUCUGUUUGUUUCCAUAAAUAUGAAUGUUUACGUGAUCUAUAACCAUGUGACGAAUGAGUUACAGACUGAUGUUUCACCUCUAUUUGACCUCUCCUUAAGAAAUGGUAAUUAUGCUGAAAUGCUUUAGCCAGAUUAAAAAUAACAUAAUUUUGCAUUCUUGUUGAUUUCAUGUUGUUAUUUUCUGCUUUAUGUAAAAGUAUGUCCAAUUUCAAUUCAAGUUACUGUAGUCAGAUAUGAUCUGAUGUUUUGAUCAUCUGUGAUAUAAAAAUUUAGACACUGAAAUAAAUGCUGUACCAAUUUUUAUCAUAUAUAAGGAUUUGUUGAAAGUUUACAGAGUUGCUUUUGUGUCAAAUACUAAAAUUUGUUGAUCUAAAUGGAGUGAAGUUAGUGUCAAUUGUUUUAACUCAUUGUGAAUCCAUUACAGUUGUCUUUCAAAAUUUGUAGUGCAUACUGGAGGGGUUAACACAUUUUUAUAAUAAAGUCAGAAGAAAAAACACCUUUACACUCCAGAUAUUUAUAAGAGAACUUAAUUUAACCAAUGUUUUUGAUUUUGCAGCUUCUUUGGGGCUAGUACAUAAAACAGUAAUCAAAUUCAACUGUGUUACUAAAAUUACAAGGUUAAAACAAAAGUAAGCACCAUUUCAUUUAUAGAUGAACCAUGGUGGCAUACAUGUGUAAAGAAGUGAGGAGAUGAAAACUUAAAUGCAGCCAAAGAUAAGUCAUGAUAUAAGAAUCUAAAAGUAUUUAAUGUAUGUUUGAUAUUAAGGCUAAUCAGUUGACACUGUUGUUUAGAAUAAUCUUGAUAUUAAAAAGGUUCAUAAACUAAAAGUAACUACAGUUGUAACAAAUAGUGAAUUUAGACAUAGAUUAACUGAAACAAUAUCUGAAGAUACUAAAAUCAUGAUUCAACCAAAAGUUAACAGAAUACAAAUAUUGAUCAGUUGAAAAAAAUUAUAUUUGAAUUUCUAACUGGCAUAAAUAAAUAAGAACUGAUCAAUUGAUAAAUAACUACAUAGAUCAAACUGUCUAAAAGUAAGUAAUGUUAUAGAUCAGUACAUCGGAAAACUAAAAGAAUACUGAUGUAUGGCUAUAGGUUCAAAAUGGCUCAAUAGUAUUUAAUGACAUUCUAAUGACUGUCAUUCUCAAGAUGAAUAAAAUUUCAACAUUAUGUAAUUGAAAUCUAUUAGAUUUCUCACCUGGCAGUCAGUGUAUUUGGUGCAUAAUUCAUAUAUACAUAUAUAUGAAUAAAAAUAUAUUAAUUACAUGAUUAAAACUUAUUGGGAUUUUAUUGAAAUUGUACUUUUAACAUGAGACUUGGUGCUAAAGUGGUUUUUAUAGUGAAAGUAUAUUAAACUGGUUUUAGUGAAAUAAUAGUUUUGUGGCUAUAUAUUUAUAUAUCUUUAUGAGACUUAUAAUUAAACAUUUUAUAUUCUGGAUUUCACACCUGUAACUCGUAACCUCUCUUUUAAGAUGCGACCAUUGAUUUUUGUAACACAUUGCUAUGUUUUGAUAGUAUGUCUUUCCUGCAGCUUUGAGAGAGUACUAAAUCAAGCAGAAUGGUUACUUACCUUGGAUAUACUGUGUAAUACAAGCACUUGUUAGUGUUGUGCAUCUUGUUCGUUGUUGCAAUUGAAAGUUGAAUAAAUUGAGAAACUUA